AUGUCUUUGCAGCCCAGGCAUAAUGAGAGGGGCCAUCAACUGGGAAUAGGUGUGGUAGCAUCUAGUACAUAUGUGCCAUUCAAUGAAUCAAAUAAUAUAGAGAAUGACAAUGAGCAUUGGGCUCUCUCUUCACUCAAGAAAAGAGAUAGAAUGUACUUUAGGGAUAUGCGUGUAUUACAGGAGGGAAAUUCCAGGGAAUCACAUACGAGUGAUUUGGGUAUUUAUAAUACCGACAUGGAAGAAGUUCCGUAUCCUGUGGAAAGACAAGGCUUUUGCAACCAAGUACUGCGCAAACUGGACAAAGGAGAUAUAUUGAAGGAUGUCGAACUGCGACCUAAUGAGGAGCUUAUUUCCUUGGACAAUACUGCUAUCACUAGUAAAUUUUAUGUUCCUAGCAGUUUAGUUUCUAAGAUAGCAAAAGGUGAGAUGUCGAUGACAAGCGAUGACGGACAUCGCAAGCAAAAUAGGGCCAUAAGAGUGUCUUCGUCACAUACUAGAAAGGAUUUCAAGGUUAUAGACCCUACCAGGAAGCGCCAAAUUGCAGUCGCAGAACUUCUUCCUACAGUUGAUGCAAGGCUAGAUAAAGAACCUACGAUGCUAUUGAUAACCAUAAAAGGUCCCACGGAAUCAGACCUCUCUAUCCAGACACUAGCAUUAGAUAAAAGAACAGGCCUAUACGAAGCUAAUUCUGAGCCAAGAGUAAUAAGUUUACAAUCAAGGAUAAAGCAUAUUGAGAUACCCACCUUAUCUAAAUCUCUAGCAAGGUAUCCGAAUUUGUUUGCAGUUAUCACUAAUAGCAAAAUCCACGUGAUAAGACUGGAUAGAAUUCACAAUAACGCUAUCGACUUGACUGAAUUUACACCUUUGGAAUUUCACGAGUUGGAACAGUUCCCCAUAGUUCAUGUGGCGUUUAACCCAUGGAAUCUCAUGGAGAUCGCGUUGAUCGACUCUAAAGGUAAUUGGUGCAUCGCGAAGCUUGAAUCACACAAACGAAAGCCUUGUAUUAUAAAACUACGUAGGGAUGCAUCUGGAUCUAUCUUUGAUCCCACAGAGACCUCGCCAUGGAACCAUAUUGAGUGGGCAGAUGACCAUACAUCCUUACUUGUUCUGAACAGAUCGAAACUUACAAUGAUUAAUUUCGAGCAGAAUUGGCAACAUGAUAUCAUACAAGCAAAGACGUGGUCAGAAUUAAGAGAUUAUAAACGGAUCUCUGAACGACUCAGUCUCUUGCUGACUUCAAAAGAAAUUAUUCUUAUAAAAAUCCAAGAUCAGCAGAUAAACAGAUUGCUUUCUUGGAAACAUGAUUGGGAUUCUCGGGACCCUUCAAUUCGCAUUUCAUACAAGAUAUCUGAAGACGAUCAAUUUGGACAAUUGAUACACGUACUACUCUUCUCAAAACUCACUUUGAAAGUAUAUGGUAUAAUGUUCGGAUACAAAGCAAACUCCUGGGCUGUUGUUGUUUCUAAACCAUUUUUACUAUCGUUAGGUGACAUUAAAAGUAAGGACGGAUUGAACAGCAUUGAGUUUCCAGAUACCAGUAAUUACACUAAUGAUUUAGAUGAUGGUGGCGAUCGCGGGGUUUCCACAGAUCUUGUUUGCAUCACUGGGUUCAUUGGAUCGGAUACCGUGAUACAAGGAUUUUUAUCCACAACAGACUCAGGAAACCAUAUCCGGCUAAACCUAGAGUAUCCAUCAUGGGAUUAUAGAGGUGACUUUUUGGAUAAAAUAUCCAAAAUUUUUACAGAGAGUUUACCAGUUGCGCCAAUAAGUCACCAAGCAGAUAAUGAGUACCAAAUGUUCCAAGAGUAUGGGUAUAAUUUGUCAGAAAAGCUGAAUGAGCUACUGGAUUCAUGGAAAAACAGAUCAGAUAAGUAUGACCUUAACAUUGAAUCUCUAGCAUCUCUAAAAACUUUUCCAUCUUACUUCAAGAAUUUUACAGAAUUUGCCUCCUUAAUUGAACAAUUAAUAACCUACUACAAAGAUCAUAAUCUUGCUUUUUCUGACCUACCGUUUACGACAAAACAGUUGAUAGGCGAGGGAUUAACUUCAUGGGAAGGCCUAUUUAAUCGUUUGGUGAUAGCGUGGGACAGUAUAUCUCCAAAUGCAGAAGAGCUUAGUAGAUCAGCUACCCAAGACAUGACUUUAUCCUUAACUGUAUGCCAAGAUCAGGAAGGAAUAAAGAAUUCUUUAGAAACCAUCACCAAUGAAAUUUCUGACAAUACUAAAGCUGUCCUGGAUUUAUGGGACAAUGGAUCUGAUGAAACAUUAAGUAAUAUGCAAUCGACACGGCCGCCUCUAUUUUCUGCAUCAGUAUCCUCCCAACAGUUUCAGGUUCCCACGAUAAAAUCCUCGCAGCAAACGUCCAGGAAGAAAAAGCUUCCUUCAUCAACCUCGAGGGGACUUCACAGUUUAUCAGUAUCACAACCAACUCAGUUCAUGUCCGGCAAUGGGUUGCCCGGGAACAUGGCGCCUGCAUUUUCAUUGGGUGCUAGUACCAGGUCAACUCAACCGAUGCCCACACUUUCACAACCUGAAGGUCAGCAACGAGUAAAGAAGAAGAAAAAGAAGAAAGUCGGAGGUUUCACUUAA